UGGAUAGCAUAGACAUUUUCUUAACAAUUGUUGAACAAUUUCUGUGUAAGAAGUCAUCAUGCAGUCGUCGACUGGAAAAUUGUUAUUAGUGUUUGUUCUGUGUAUUGUUUCGAUACUACACGUUAAGGCUGAAAAAGAAAUUUCAAUAGUUUUCUUCAAUGUCGACGUCUCAAAUAGUGACAUACUAAAUUCAUGGGAUGGCGAUCUUGCAGAUAAUCUCAUUAGUUCAACGAUUAAUGUUAAAGAAAACUGUCCAGGUCAAAUAGAGGCCGAUAUAAGGAUUUACCAAGGUGAUAAUCUGGUUAAUACUAUGAACAAAAAAUAUGACAAACCGAUGAAUGAAUUCGAAAAUCUCGAUAUUUGCGGAUCAGUUGAGGCUCCCGAGCCUGAUGAUGACUCAUGCUCUAUCGCAGAGGGUGAACAAACGGCCAAAGAUUGCGAUAUAAGAAGCUGGUUCAAAGAUAUGUCUACCGGAGAAUAUAACAUUGAAUGCGAUUUUAAGCGGUUAAACGAUUUAAUUUGUACCGUCAAAGUGGGCGUGAAAAUAGAAGGUGAUGAUUGAUAAAACAUUCAGUUUCGUUUGAAAUUACUAUCUAACACAAUUUCACAUUUGUAAUUGCUAAUGAUUAACUGCUACUUAUUAAAUAGUGU